AUGGUUAGCACUGGGAAAACGGGCUGGCCCGGCCCUACAGGGCCAGCCCGUCACGGGCUCGGGCUUAAACGGGCCGGCCCGUUUAAGCCCGACUCUCCCACGUCUCCUCCCUGCCGCCCAACGUGCUCCAUCGCCUCCUCGCCAAAAGCUCCGUCGCUGGUUGCCGUGAGCUCCGUUGCGUCUCCGGCGGAAGGUCAUGCAUCCUCGCGGUUGCCGGAGCAUGAGAGCUUAUGUUACGGCCUUCUCUAUUACCUUCUUCCUUUGAAGCCGGAGGAGGUAGUUGAAAACAUUUCAACUGAUCAUCAUGGAGAUCCAAAUCAAAAAGUGGAAGGCAGACGUUGUGAGCAUAGAGCAGAGGAAGGGUGGACGAAUGAGAACAAAAAGAAACAAGACAGGUCGCUAGACACAGCAGAAUCAGAAUACGUGAAGAAUUUGUCGAAUGGGUCUGCGCUUGAAGUCCUUCUAUCGGCCAGAAAUGGCGUUUGGAAGGUGAAGUUGGUGAUUGACACGAAGCAAUUGGAGGAGAUUUUGUCGGAGCAGGUGAAUACUGAAGCGUUAAUUGAGAAGAUGAGGAUGGCUGCGUCUGCAACUUCGCCCAAUGAAGCUUCGGAGGUCAUUGCUGAGGUUUUUUCUAGGGUUUCCGCUACUGUGUCCUUCGCCCCCUCGUCAAUGGGGAGAUUCGUGGUAGAGAAGAACAGCUUGAGGGUGACCUCGCCGGACAAAAUCAAAGGUACAUAUGACAGUGCGAUCGGGAACUUUGGGAUUCCUCAGUAUGGAGGUAGCAUGGCUGGGACUGUUGUGUACCCUAAGGAUAAUCAGAAGGCUUGUAAAGAGUUGGAUGACUUUGGCCUCUCCUUCAAAUCAAGGCCUGGAGCUCUUUCCACAAUCCUUUUUCUCGAUCGUGGAAAUUGCUUCUUUGCUUUGAAGGUCUGGAAUGCUCAAAAGGCAGGAGCUUCUGCAGUUCUUCUUGUGGCGGAUGAUGUUGAGAAACCCUUAAUAACAAUGGACACACCUGAAGAGGAUGUAUCAUCUGCAAAAUACAUAGAGAAUAUUACAAUACCCUCUGCUCUCAUUGAGAAAAGUUUCGGUGAAAGAUUGAAGAAAGCCAUAAGUAGUGGAGAGAUGGUCAAUGUAAAUCUUCAUUGGAGAGAGGCUGUACCCCAUCCGGAUGAUCGUGUGGAAUAUGAGCUGUGGACCAACAGCAAUGAUGAGUGUGGGGUCAAAUGUGAUAUGUUGAUGGAAUUUGUAAAGGAUUUCAAGGGUGGUUACACUCAGUUUACUCCGCAUUAUAUAACUCGAUACUGUCCCCAGGCAUUCACUUUAAGCAAGCAGUGCAAGUCCCAGUGCAUAAAUCAUGGAAGAUAUUGCACCCCUGAUCCAGAGCAGGACUUCAGCACGGGUUAUGAUGGGAAAGAUGUGGUUAUUGAGAAUUUAAGGCAGUUAUGUGCCUUCAAAGUGGCAAAUGAAUCUAAAAAUUCUUGGGUUUGGUGGGACCAUGUGACUGAUUUUCAAAUAAGAUGCCCCAUGAAGGAAAAGAAAUACAAUAAGGAAUGUGCAGAUGCUGUUAUUAAGUCACUUGGUCUUGAUAAUAACAAGAUUGAAAAGUGCAUAGGAGAUACAGACGCUGAUUCUGAAAAUCCUGUUCUGAAAGAAGAGCAAGAUGCUCAAGUUGGGAAGGGUUCGCGAGGUGAUGUUACCAUAUUGCCUACACUUGUUGUCAAUAAUCGACAGUAUCGAUUUGCCUUGUAUAAUAGAUAUAUGGAAUUUUCCAAUCCUAAGACUUUUUCUUUCUGGAAAGACAAAAAUACUUAUAUUGAAACUCACAGCCGCGCGUGCAUGGUCUUUUGUCCUGUCAAUAAGGUUCUAGUGCACAGAAAACCACAAUUACGUCGAGGACCUGUUUGUCUCCAUGUGAUGUACUCCUCCGAUCCUUAA